AUGCGCUGCCCUUCCCUCACGAUUUUCCAAAGAUGGCGCGCUCCGUCUCUUCACCUCCAUCGAACCAUCAACGGUAACGCAGCAAUAGCCCCGGCAGCGCAUGUGCGGCCGACGCCCUUUCGACAGCAAAACCAGCUCCAGCGCCAGCACCAGUACCGAACUCUCCUGACCCUCGCAAUCGAAACAUCGUGCGACGAUACCUGCGUCGCCCUCCUCUCCAAAGACCCCGGUCCCCUGGGUCGCGCGACCCUCCACUUUCACCGCAAAAUCACAUCCGACAGCACGGCCUACGGCGGCGUCUACCCGCCCGUCGCCCUACGCUCCCACGACGCAUCGCUCGCGCCACUCGUCGCCGAAGCCCUCUCCUCUCUGCCCCCAGCUGCCUCCGAGGAAGAAGCUCGGAAUCACGAUGACAGCAAGUUGAUACGAGAAGGAGGGAAAGGGCUAUCAAGCAACAAUACGCUCACAGUCGCCGGCACUCUGCGCCAGAAACCCGACUUCGUGACGGUGACCCGCGGCCCCGGUAUGUCCGCGAACCUCGCAUCCGGGCUCUCCACGGCGAAAGGCCUCGCGACAGCAUGGCAGGUGCCCCUCCUGGCCGUGAACCACAUGCAAGCCCACGCCCUCACCCCUCGCCUCGUCUCCGCGCUCGCCCGCCAUGAUCCGACGACAUCUACAGCGUCCUCAUCCACCACCGCCUCCUCCUCUCCAACAGUCGAUGUCACCGCUACUAAAAAACCAGAAUACCCCUUCCUCACCCUCCUAGUCUCCGGCGGCCACACCCAGCUCGUCCACUCCCGCUCCCUCACAUCUCACCGCAUCCUCGCCUCCUCCUCCAACAUCGCCGUCGGCGACGCCCUCGACAAGGCAGCGCGCCACAUCCUCCCGCCGGACAUGCUAGCAUCCCACGGAGACGUCAUGUACGGCGCCCUCCUCGAACGCUUCGCCUUUCCCGACUCCUUUGUCCCCUCCUCUCUAUCAUCAUCAGAUCCCAAAAGCCAGCACGGUCACGACUACGAAUACACCCCUCCCCUCCGCCGCGUCGACGAAAUCGCGCCGUACACCGCUCCCCCACCCUACUCCUGGACCCUCCACCCUCCCCUCUCCGCCUCCCGCGCCUUAUCCUACGAGUUCAAUGGCCUAGGCAGCGAAGUCCGCAAAAUCGCCACCUCAAGAGGCGGCUCCAUGUCUCUCGACGAACGACGGAUCCUCGCCCGCGCCACCAUGCGCCUCCUAUUCGAGCACCUGGCAACUCGCAUCUUCCUCGCUCUUGCCGCCGAGCCGGAAUUGAAAGAUGCACUGAAAACACUCGUCGUAAGCGGCGGUGUCGCGAGCAACCGCUUCCUCAUGCACGUGCUACGGAAGCUGCUCUACGUCCGCGGAUUCGAGCAUGUGGAGAUCACGGCGCCCCCACCAGCGUUGUGUACGGACAAUGCGGCCAUGAUUGCAUGGACCGGCAUGGAAAUGUACGAAGCUGGCUGGGAGAGUUCACUUUCCGUACAUCCUGAGCGCAAGUGGUCGAUUGACCCGUCCAGCGAAGAGGGUGGCAUCCUGGGUGUCCCUGGAUGGAGAAGAAGAGAACAUUAA